AUGAUCAUCCUUCCCAUUGGCGGUAGCAUUGAAAUUAUUGGUUGGGCAGCUCGUAUUUGGUCUUCACAAGAUUCCUUAAACAAUAAUGCCUUUCUGGCUCAAACAGUCACUCUCAUCAUUGCACCAGCAUUCUUCUCAGCAGCAAACUAUGUUAUCUUGGGGAAGAUGAUUCCAAUUAUUGGCAGUCAGUAUUCUCGCCUGAGUGCGUGGACGUAUACAAUCAUUUUUGUGAUUUGCGAUGUGAUAUCUCUCGUUAUUCAGGCAAUUGGAGGUGGAAUGGCUGCCGUAGCUGAAAAUAUGUCAACAUCAACUGAUCUAGGCACACACAUUAUGGUAGGUGGUAUUGUAUUUCAAAUGGCAUCGAUGGCUCUCUAUGUGCUCUUCGGUCUUGAAUUUGCAUGGCGUGCAACUAAGAAACGACCAUUUAAAAAGCGUAUUGCUACUGAUACUCCUGCUUUUGAUCGUGCUCCAUUGUCUCUCGGUAAAUACAAAGGGCUGAUCUUCGCUAUGUUUCUUAGCACACUCAUGAUCUUUAUUCGAUCGAUUUAUCGCACGAUCGAACUGCUACAAGGUUGGACCGGAUACGUUAUUACACACGAACCGUUCUUUGAUUGUCUGGAUGGAGUACCGAUGAUUAUUGCAAUUGCUAUAUUCACGUUUUUCCAUCCAAUGAGGUACUUUACGAAGGCAGACACAAUAUCAGGAGCCGUACCGAAAGAAGAUAUAACAGUUGGUGGAUCACCAGUUGGUUCAUUGGUACUGAAUGGACAAAGGAACGAGAAAGGAAACGGACCAGCGAGUGGCUCUGUAGGAAUGAGUGCGCAAAGCAAACCAAAAAAUGCGUCGGCAGCUAGUUCGGUGUUGAAUGGGUUUAGGUAA